GGAAUCAAAUUUUUUAUUUAAACCAAAAAUCCAAACCCCGAUGAUGCCCUAACGUUGAAGCAGCCGCAUCGAUCGCCUCGACUCGGCCGGGCGCUAUUGCCGGUUCAUGGAGGGAUGAGCGAAUCCUGGAGGCGGAGAGCUUUCGAUUGAAGGCUUUUCUCGGCCGGCUGAUCGCUCUUGGCGAUUCAUCGUUACGGAUGCUGGUACAAAUCAGUCGAAGAAGGGGGAAAAAACUGUUUUUAGGCAUUCUAUUAUGUUGGUGCUUUAAGAAAGGAUCUGCAACUUCUGAAAGCCAGCACGAGUAUGGGAAGUCAGAUCGGUACAGAUGAUGGUAACUUGUAUAUUGACACAGAAACUGAUGAAAAGAAUGAGAGUGAUAAAGAAGAAGGGAUGGAGGAUGAACACAUUGAGCUACACAUUGAAGAUUACGACCAAGAAAGAUUUGAGCCUAAAACUUCUGCAGAGGGUGCUGAUGAGAAGCAUAAGAUGGGCUCUAACCUUUCCUUUUCCAAGAAGAGGAUAAGAUCAAUGGACAAUACCCUAGAUAAUUUGGAAAAGAUGCAGAAACUCAACGAGGAGUCACAUUUAGAGAUGCUAUCUUAUGAAAAAGGGAACAGGGGAAGUUAUGAUAAUGAAAGGCACAGCAGAUGGGAUAAAGACUAUGAUGUGCUACUCGAUAAUCAUCCUGCUGCUAAAGUUAAAAGACGGAAGACAAGAUGGUCUAAUGAGGAUCUUGUAUCAAGAUCACUGGAUCUUCUAAACUUUACCAAUUUUGUCAAAGUUUUUGCGGGUGCUACUUCUGCCGAUCCAGAAAUUGAGGAGUUGAACUCUCAGCUUCUUGAAAUAAACCAGAAGUUGAAUGAUCUUGUACCCGUCAACAACCUACUUCUUCCCAAAGAUUUAGAUAAGCAAAUGCUUCAAAGUAAGAGCAAAGUGUGGAAAAAACUCAUUAAGAGUCGACAGCUGAUCAUUUCACGGCUGAUUAAGAAGAAUCCUACAUUUAGUUUUCUUUCUAAAAAAUUUAACAAGAAGAUCUAUAUACCAGAAAAAGAAUACCCUGACUACAAUUUUCUUGGACUUUUAAUUGGUCCCAUGGGGAGCACAAGAAAAAAAAUGGAGAUGGAAACAGGAGCCAAGAUUUCAAUGAGAGGUAAAGGUUCUGUUAGAGAAGGAAGAGCCUCGAGAUAUAAUGAGAUCAGGACAGAGGCAGAUAAGGAUGAGGAUUUGCAUGUCUACAUAGAGGCACAUACAGAGUUGUCACUCAACGCUGCAGUUAAGAUUGUAGAAAAGUUGCUAGUUCCUGUGGAAGACUCAAAGAAUGAACAGAAGAUGGAUAAUUUGAGGCUGCUUGCAGAAAUGAAGGAUAAGCGUAGAAUUGACGGAAAGGAUCAAAAGACAACACAUCUGUGUGACAUCUGUGGACAAGCUGGGCAUUCUACUACAUCUUGUCCCUUGUCUGCUUCAAAUCCUGGAACAAGCAAAAGUGAAAAUUUCCUAGGUGAUGCAGGCUGUAUUGGAGUUCCCCCUUUUAUCCAUCCCCCAAUUCCUAGUUCCAUUCCAAUCUUGAUAGGCAAUCAACAAUCCAAUGCUUUGGCAUGUUCAGACAACAAGCCUUCAGAAGAGAAUGGUUUAUCAAAUCUAUUUGUAGGCUAUCUUCCCCACUCUGUGAAUGAAGAUAAACUAAUAGAACUCUUUUUGCCAUUUGGAUGCAUAUCCAAAGCAACAGUGAUCAAAGAUAAGACCACAGGUUUAAGCAAGGGGUAUGGUUUUGUCCACUACACUGAUCCUGCCUGCGCUGCUGCAGCUAUGACCCGAAUGAAUGGGUAUAGGAUCAACGGAAAGAGUCUUUCAGUCAGGGUUGCUGUUGGACCAUCUAAUACCAACACAAGUGUUUUACCAGAGGUCAACACAAAUUUUAACAAGCUGCUAGACAAUCCAAUCACAGCCAGUUCUCAGGGAGGACCUAGUGCGGCGAGCUGGAUAGCUCCUCUAGGAUCUCUUCUUCCCAAAUGUCAUGCAUCUUGUUCUCCAAAAAGCAGCUAUAGGUCACAUGCUAAUUUACCAAGCUAUCCAGCUGCAACCAUUUCCCAAUGUGUAUCUAGUGUUAUAAGGACUGAUCCUACAGUAUCUGUUCUUCCUAAGUCUCAUGCAUCUCUCCCGCUAAAAACCAACUUUCCAUCGUAUGCAGAUUUACUGAGCUAUUCAACCACAGCUAUUUCUCAGGGACAAACUGUUGUUAUGAGAUCAGUAGGUCCUCCAGUGUCUAUUAGUCCCAGAUCUCAUGUGUCUUUUCCUCCAAAACAUAGCUUUAUACCAAAUGUCAAUUUACUAAGCUAUCCAAUUGCAACCAUUUCUCAGGAAAAGCUUGAUCCUUUGAACACACAAGGUCCUCCUGCAUCUAUGUUUCCUGAAACUAAUGCAUCUUUACCUCUGAAAAUCAAUUUUUUGUCUAAGGUUGAUGUACCCAGUUAUCCUCCUGCAGCUAUUUCCCAAGGAGAACCUAGUGUUAUUAACUGGCCUGAUCUUCCUGGAUCUAUGCGUGAAGUGCACACCAUCUUUCCCUCCAAAAAAACAGUCUUGCAUCACAAUACCAUGUUUUAACUGGACCUUCCCAAUCAGCUACUGGUAUCUCAUUGAAAAAUAUACCAACCCCUGUGACUCCUCAUGCUAUGGCCGAGAUGAGAGAACUCAAGCAGUUUCCUGGUUAUCUAAAGAGCAUUGACUCGUGAAAUAAACUUAAUCCCUCCACCACCAUGAGCACCCAGUUCCCUGGAAGCAAAGGCAACACAAGCUUGUGAUUGUCUGUUUAAGCUUAUCUCAAUAUGAUCAACUCAAUAAUGUUGUUUGCACAAUGAUGAGUAUAUUGGACAUGAGAACGGAUGGAAAAGACUAAUCCUCUAAAAUCAUCCAUGGUGCUCUAUUGUAAUCCUGUUGGUUUGAGAGAUGCCUGCCAUUUCUUGGUUUAGGGAGAAAACAACCAUAUCCGAUGCCCUUCUUUUGGUAGCAACGUGCAUGUUGCUUGCUUUCUAGCUAGUUAUUGACUUGCUGUUAAUUUUUUUUUUUGGAAGAAUUAGGCAAAUGAAAGAUUUAAACAUAGAUUGAAGCAAUUUGACUAGAUGUCUCCCCCUUUAGCUUACAAUUAUGUCAAAUUGUAUGCCUUAAACUUCGUGCAUGCUACAUGGAAGAAGCUCUUCAUAGAUCUUGAGUGGAAGAGAGAUUGUGUGUGGGUGUGUAUUGAGAGAGAAAAGAUAGCUGUACAUUUCUUUUUAAAAAAACGUGGAUGAAUCCCUUUGUUAUUCAUAA